CUUUGGUGGACCAAUAGCUUAUUAUAUUUUAAGCUUCUUACCAUAAAGAUCAUUUUGGAAUCAUUCUAUUGGGAAAGUGGGGAAGGAUGGUGCUAUUUUACACAUCAACUACAAUCGAUCCACCGGCAACGAUUUAUAUGGGUCGUGAUAAAGUGGAAAAUGAAGAUUUGAUCAAAUACGGAGAUGAUGAAGAUGUUUGGUUUCACGUUGACAAACUUUCAUCUGCGCAUGUUUACUUGCGAUUACCAGCGGGUAUGAAAUGGGAUUCAAUACCGACAAAACUGCUGGAUGAUCUAGGACAAUUGACCAAAGCAAACAGUAUUGAAGGGAAUAGGAAGAAUAAUCAAACAAUCAUUUAUACUCCAUGGAGGAAUAUUAAGAAACAGGGUGAUAUGGCUAUUGGAACAGUCAUGUUUCAUAAUGAUCAAGUUGUCAGGAGGCAUCAUAUCGCACAAAGGGAUAAUGCUAUCGUUAAUCGACUCAAUAAAACAAAGAGGGAGGAAAAAGUAGAUCAUGAAGCCGUACGACAAGAACGUGAAAAGGAACGAAACAAAGUCAAGAGGGAUGCAGCUAAUAAACUCAAAAAUUCCGAGCUGGAAGAAAAACGAAAAAGGCUGGCAGAAAAAGAAGCAGCGGAUUAUAGCAAUGUAUACUCUCAAGAAGCUAUCGAAGAAGAAAGGGAACGAAAAGAGCGAGAGAAAGCACAGAAACAGCAAAGUAAUGGCAAAGAAGGUGAGGAAGAGGAAGAUGAUGGGAUGGAUAGUGAUGACAGCUUCAUGUAGAAUAACAAAGAAUAGAAUGUGUAUAAUAGCGGAACUGUAUGUAUGCACAAGGUGAAGUUGUUGUCGCGCAUGAUGCGCGGAAAUAGCGUAGUGUAACCCUAUGUGGAG